AUGUCUUAUAAAGUGUGUGAUAUAAUUAAUACGAUCGAUAAAUCUUUUGAUGAUGAUCCGAAAAACUCGAGAACAGAUAUUUCUGGGGGUUUAUUAAAUUUUUAUUGCCCUGGUGAGAACUGUAAUAGUGAUGAAGAAAAGAUUAUCUCUGGUUUUAUAAUAUUACUAAAUACGCUUGAUAGUGAAAAUUUAGAAAGUGAUAAAAUUGUUGAAUACGCUAUUUUAUGGUUAAUUAAUAAACUAAAUCAAAAAAAAAAAAAUGAAACGAUCAUAUUAGAAAAUUUUUAUACUGAUUAUAUAAAAUCAAAUAGUUGUUAUAUUAAGCAUAUAUCUGAUAAUAAUGAUAGUAAUAAUAACAAGGAUGAUAUUAUAUGUAAAAAAAUAAAAUCGAUGAACAUCGAUAUUAAAGAUAUAUCUAAUUUUUAUGAUGCAUUUAAAUCAUUAUUUAACAUGUAUAGUGAAAUUGGUGAAGAAAACAAUAUUAAAUGCAAGACAUGUUUAGAAAAUGCUGGAGAAUUGUUUGAAAAAUAUGAAAAACUUAAAAAUGAUUUAGAUAUUAAUAAAGGAAGUUCUUAUUAUGAACUAUUGUCUAGUUUAUCAAAUGAUUAUAGAAAUUUUGAACAAAUGUAUAAUACUGUUUGGUGUAAUCAAAUUUCACCAUUUGUAGCUUGUCCACAAAGUUCAGUAACAAAAAAUACACUAAUUACAAUUGCAAUUAUAUUUGUUGCAGCAUCAAUUUUAUUAGGAGUUUCUUAUAAGUAUUCGUUAUUUGGAUUUCGGAAACGAUUUCAAAAACAAAAAUUAAGAGAAAAUCUAAAAAAAUAA